AUGGUUGGAAAUCACCUUCUCGACAAGAACUCGGCUGCCGUACGGAAGAACAUCGAGAACCAUGCCUUCAACGAUGAAGGCGGCGACGAGUACGGGGCCAGUCGCUUUGGAGGGUUCGCCGACUACUUCCAAAACAAAAACAUCAAGCUCCAGAACCGCGACGCCCAGUUGCGCUCUUCCGCCAAGGACAAGCCUCAGAUCUUCAAGGGAGUAGUCAUCUAUGUUCUUGGGUACACGCAGCCUUCAUCCAGCGACCUACACGACAUAUUGGUCCAACAUGGCGCUGGCUGGCUCCAGUAUCUCGGUGGGAAGACAAUGGCGACGCACAUCAUUUGCUCGUCUAUACCACCAAAGAAAGCUGCAGAGCUGGCCAACUACCGAGUGGUCAAGCCGGCUUGGGUGGUGGAUUCUGUUGCAGCGGGAAGGAUGUUGUCCUGGACCGAGUACCGGGUCAUCGACGAGGGACCGAAACAGCGCACCAUCAAGUUUGAUGCUGGGAAAAUGUUGAGUAGCCAACCGCGACAACAGACUCCUCAGGGGUACCGAGAGCAAACUGAAAAUAGCUUCUACACCAGCCAGUUGAAGAAGUUCAGCAGCCCGGCACAGCCAAAGACUCCCUCCAAAAUUCCCCCAAUUGUAAACGAUAAAAUCGAGGACUUCGAGGAUGAUAUGUCAGUCGAUCUUUUGCAAGUGCCACCUUCAUCCAAGUCAGAGCCCCUUGCCCUCGCUGAGCCCGACGGGCCAUCAGACGAACAAUUCAAUACUCCUCCGUACCAAGCUCCUCUUGAAGCUGCUCCUGAAGCGCAACCUACUACGCCAGAUAUCGCCGAGCCAGAAAAUUCAGAGCCAGAAAAACCGAAUGAAUUGCAUGCAGCCAAACCAAUCACCUCGGAAGAGCACAACGCUAGGCUACUCGCGGAUCCGAAGAUGAGAAAAGCUUCAACCGCAAAUCCUGACUUUCUUAAACAAUACUACUCUGAAAGUCGUCUGCAUCACCUGUCUACGUGGAAGGCACAGCUAAAGUCUCGUAUGCAAAACCUUGCUGCUGAAGAAGGCCCAGCCAAAAAGUUGGCUAAGCGGCCUGCUGGUUCUCGUCGGUACAUCAUGCACGUCGAUUUUGACAGCUUCUUCUGUGCUGUCUCCCUCAAGAAGGCGCCCGAGUAUCGUGACAAGCCAGCUGUGGUAGCUCAUGGUAAUGGAAAAGGUUCCGAAAUUGCUUCUUGUAAUUACCCAGCCCGCAAAUUCGGCGUCAAGAAUGGCAUGUGGAUGAAGCACGCCCUAGAGCUAUGUCCAGAUCUCAAGAUCCUGCCAUAUGAUUUUCCGGGGUAUGAGGAAGCCAGUCGGCAAUUCUACGAUGCUAUCCUCGGAAUUGGUGGCGUUGUUCAGAGUGUCAGUAUCGAUGAGGCCCUCAUUGAUGUUACUGAUAUCGUCAUGGCUGAAGCUGGGUCCAGCGGCAUUGGCAUCAGCGAAGGAAGCAUCUGGAGGGAACAGGAGAAAGUAGAUCAGAUGGCUUCGAAGCUUCGAGAUCGUAUCAAGGAGCAGACGGAUUGUCAUGUCUCUGUGGGCAUCGGUGCCAACAUCUUGCUGGCCAAGGUUGCCCUUCGCAAAGCCAAGCCAGCUGGACAAUACCAAAUCAAGCCGGAAGAAGCGCUGGAUUUCCUCGGUGAGCUCAACGUAGAGGACCUCCCAGGCGUUGCGCAUAGUAUCGGUGCAAAACUUGAGGAGCUUGGUAUCAAGUUCGUCAAGGACAUACGACAGACCAGCAAGGAGAGACUAAUUUCGGCAUUGGGCCCGAAAACAGGAGAGAAACUGUGGGAGUAUUCCCGGGGUAUCGACCGCACCGAAGUUGGGGAGCAACCCAUCCGAAAGUCGGUGUCGGCCGAGGUGAACUGGGGCAUCCGCUUCGUCAACCAAGAGGAGGCAGAGGAGUUCGUGAGGUCCCUUUCACAGGAACUGGAGCGUCGUCUGUUGAGUGAGGGCGUCAAGGGUAAGCAUCUAACCAUGAAGAUCAUGAGACGAGCGGCCGAUGCUCCUCUUGACCCACCAAAACAUCUCGGUCACGGCAAAUGUGAUACCUUCAACAAGAGUGUGUCCUUUGGCGUUGCGACCAACAGUGAAGAGGUGAUUGGAAAGGAAGCCGUUGCAAUCCUGCGCUCGUACAAGUUCAGCCCGGGCGACCUUCGUGGGUUGGGGAUCCAGAUGACCAAGCUGGAACCUUUUAAGCCGUCUGCUGCACAGCAGGGAAGCCAGAAGAAAUUGAGUUUUGGUGCAGCAGCGAUAUCCUCGGCGAAGAAGCGGAAGGCCGAGGCCAUUGAUGACGAGCCUCAGAGUCCGGCAGAACAUAGGCCUUUUACGGAACGUGAUGAGAAGGAUCCUAUCACCGCUGAUCCGCCCACACCUCGAAAACCGAAGGUUCAUCCAGCAUUGCAUCUCGCAAGGGCUGGUGAGGCAGAUGAGAAGGCCAAAACGCCGCUCAAUGUCAAAGGAACUCAGUUUAUCAUGCCUUCUCAGCUCGACCCAGCUGUGUUGGCUGAGUUACCAGAGGACAUUCGGACUACGAUAGUAAAUCAAAUGAAGGCACAACCCAGUAGGCGCACAGAUUCCACGCCUCCUCAACUGAACAGCAGGAAAGCCCUUCCAACCCAUGCAGAAAUCCCACCCGACAUUGACGUCGACGUGUUCAACGCUCUCCCGCCAUCAAUGCAAGCCGAAGUCCUCGCUUCCUACCGCCGCAACACACCACAAGCAAGUCCAAGCCGCCCGCCGCCGUCUCAAGGGGGUGGUGGCGGACAGACUCUUCUCCCGCAAUCUCCCCGCAAAGACCGAAUCAUCAAUCGCCCCAUCGACCGUCUUCGCACGCCCACCAAGCGCGGCCGCGGCCGUCCCCCAGCCUACUUGAAGGAGAAAGAGCGUGACCUCAAAGCCGGUCUCCGGCAAGCCUCCCUCAUCACUGCAGCCCGCUCACCAGAUCAGGGUCAGGGUCAAGGUCAGGGUCAGGGUGGUCCCAGCGAUUAUUCCCGACAACCUUCGGUCGAAAUCGACCUCCCUCCAUUAGACCCCAAUGUCCUGUCCGAACUCCCUGAAGAGGUCCGGCGGGAGGUAAUUGAGGAGCACGCCCGCCAACGCCGGCAGCUUCAGAGGCAGGCUCAAGAGACAGCCACCGCGGCGCAGCAGCAACAACAAGAAUAUAGUCGGCAUGUCCAUUUGAUCGCCGUAGACAUUGAGUCUGCUAGGCACUACCUCCUCCGCCGUCGACAAGCGGGCAACAACAACAACAUCAACAACAUUAACAACAACACCUCACGAUUCCUAGGUAACCAGCAAAACCCACCAACAAACCAACCUUACCACGAUGACCGGCAAUUCCCAUCACCCAUCGCCGGCGGCGGCGGCGGCCGUUACUACUCUUUCUUUGGCCCCCCACCAAACUGGGGCCGCACAAACCGCGAUCUUCGCAGGAUCCACUGGCCCGGCCCUCCUACCAAGACGACCCUCAAAUCCGCGGCCUUGCCUGCGGGCGGCGGGCAGAUGAAGGUGACGGACGCGGCGGCAGUGAGGAGGAUGAUUCGGGCGUGGUACGUGUCGACAGCGAAGCAAGGGGGCCCAAGUCUGAUCGAUAUGGAGGCGUUGGAAGAAUAUUUGUACAAGGUCAUAACAUUAGAAAGAGACAUGGAGAAGGCUAGGGGGUUGAUUAAGUGGUUGGAGUGGUGUGUUGAGGGAGAGGGAGAGGGGGAGGGGGAGGGGUCUGCUGGUGGGCAUGGCGAUGGAGAUGGAGAUGGGGAUGGGGAUGGAGAUAAAUUGAACAAGGAAGUGGACGACGGAGUGAGGAAAGACUCUGAAGAGAAUGAUGUACAUGGGGAUGAAGACGGUAGUAAUGGUGUUGAAGAUGAUGAUGAUGAUGAUGGGAUACGAGACCAAAUACAAAUAAGCGAAAAGAAAAAAGGCAAGAUGACGGCCAAAGAGAUAUAUACCUGGCCAGAGGCGGUAGAAGCCAUCAAGGCUUCGGUGCAAGAGGCCAUGAAAGAGCGGGGAUUGAAGGAGAUGGAUUUCUCUUGA